CCGAGACUGGUACCGUCUUAUGUGCAUGAUGGUGAAGCAUGAUGCUGACCACAGCCUCGGUUCACACAACGUGUAAACAAUCAUUGACAAACCCUUCAAACCGGUCUGAAUUAUCUCUAUGGCUCGUCUUGAUCUAAGCAGCGCUGUAGCUCACCCCUGACCUUGUGCCAGCCAUUAACUACAGCAGACUGAGGCGUGGAUGGUGAGGAAGAAGAGCAGCAGUGUGAGUUAAGGGAGGUGUGAGGCUGCAAGAGGCGUGGCCAGCUCCCCAGUUGACUUGUGGUUACCACUCUUUCAGCACAAAGAAAUCCGCUUUGUCAUUAGUGUUUCAUGGUGAUUGUCAGCGAGCAGUGAGGACGUGGAGGAGUGUAGCUCAGCACCGGGAAGUUAGGAGAUUGUUCCUCUCAGUGAUCCACUAGUGUGACCACCCGAGGCAACACAUCAUAAUGGAGGAGCUAACUGCCAGCCUUGAGAAACUUCGUGUGACUGCAGGUGACCCAACUCCUGAGCCAUUUGAGAAACUGAUCAACCAACUCCAUGAACUGGAGGACAGCACUACAGUAUGUGAGGAAUUGGUAGCAGGAGGGAUUCUACCACUUACAGUAGCAGCCAUUCAAAGCUCUGUAGUUGAGGUUCAAGGAAAGGGAGCCGAAUUAGUAGCUGAGUUGGCCAAGGUUGAAAGUUGCCGUUUAGGUUGUGUGACUGGUGGUCUAGUGCCAAUCUUAGUGGAGAAAAUGUCAAGCAGCAACACGAAAGUGGCCCUGCAGGCUUGUCGAGCACUGGGAAAUAUUUGCUAUGAACAUGUGUUCCUUCCAGAUGGUGGCCGAGUAAGUGUAAUGGAAUCUGGGGGUGCAAGUCAGCUUUUGAGUCUCCUCCAACGUGCAGCAGGGCUUCCCAACACUCCUGAUGAUCACCAACUGCGCCUAGUAGCCACGGGUUUCCUUCUGAAUCUUCUGAAUUCCUAUGAUACAGUCCAGGAUCAGUCAAUGGAAGCUGAACUGGUAGAUGUCUUGUGCCAGUACCUUGAUAAGUUUGCAGAAGAUGAAGACAUACCAACUCAUGUUCUUCUCUCCCUCACAUGCAUGGCAGAUACAGAGGUGGGACGAGGUCUGGUGGUGUCAAGGGACAUCACACCACAGUUGGUGCGUGUCCUAAGAAUAAAUGAGUCACCCGAGGUUACAGAAACAUGCCUUGAGCUUGUGACAAACUUGGCUGAAACAGAGUGUGUAAAGACCCAGGUAGCUCAAGGUGGGGUGUGUGAAGCAGUAGUGGAGGUGGUGAGACGUCACCGCAACAAUCCAAGCUCUGACCUCUCCCCGCCUAUAAUCAAGACAGCCACUGAUCUUAUUGUCCUCAUAUUAGUAGGAGAUGAGAGUAUGGGUAUUGUGUAUAGCAAUGGCUCAGGUUCUGUGUACCAGGAGCUGUUAGAAUGGCUUACUUCAGACUUGGAGGACUUGCAGAUAGCUGGAGCUCUUGCCAUGGGAAAUUUUGCAAGAAGUGAUGCUCACUGCAUUCAGAUGGUAGAAAGUGGAAUUGCUGAGAAAUUGCUUAAAGUUCUGUCAAGCCACAACUCUGGUGAAGGAGACAUUCGACUGCAGCAUGCUCUUCUGUCAGCCCUUCGCAAUCUCAGUAUUGCAAAGGAGAAUAAGCCAGUACUAGUAAACCAAGGUGCUCUUGAUGUUCUUCUUCCAAUGGCAACUGCAAUUGAGACUUUCCCAGUGGUUUUUAAACUUUUAGCAACACUUCGUAUGAUCAUUGAUGGACAAACAGAAGCUGCUGUUAAGGUGGGUAGCAAUAGUGAAGCAGUAGGUCGGUUAGUUGCGUGGUGUGGCACUACUGAUCACCCUGGUGUUCAGGGAGAAUCUAGCAGACUUCUGGCAUGGAUCAUCAAAAACUGUGGUGGGGACUCCUCAGUCAUCACAUCACUAGUAUCUGCUGGCUGUGUUGCUCCUUUGGUCCUCAUGUUGGGAUCAGAGCAUGCUGUCAUGGUUAAUGAAGCUGCCCUAGCUCUUGUGCUCGUAUUUGGAACAGUAGUCACUGGAAAUGUGGUUGAGAAGACCAAAUUAGCUGAAGUGGCUACAUUUGUGCUGAAGAAUCCAUAUUUGCCACCUGAAAUCAUGUCCAAUGUGCUGUCAAUGAUGAUAGCACUGUCUGCUAAUGAGACUGCCCUGGAGUCUGUCAAAACUGAUGACCUUCGAACAGCUGUUAGUGAGCUCACCAGUCAUAACAAUGAGCAGGUCAAGAACCUGGCAGGGGCACUUAAGGAGAAACUGUAAUUCAAGAUAGCAUAUCUUUAUGCUUUUCUUAGCUCUGUGUAUCUUCAAAGUUGAACAAAAUAUUUUUGAGCUGACUGAACACAGGAAUUAUUACAGAAAGUUGUUUGCCUUAUAUUGAUACUGUUAUGGAGGCUGCUGGAAUCUGACCUUAAGAAAAGCAGUUUUAUAUGAAGUUGUCCAGGGUUGGUUUAAACAGAAAUGUAAUUAUCCUAGAUUCCUACUGUCAGAUGUUAUGUGAAAAUUUUUCACUUUAAACAAAAACACUGACUUCAUGUUGAUAAUUAUGAGAUUUAUGGUAAACUAACCCUUGAUAAUUAAGGAUUGUUAUAACAGGGUUAUAAGAUAAUCAAGAUUUUUGUUCCUUUGCACUGGUGGCUGCAGCUUUUAAGUAAUAUGGUAGAGAGAAUGGUACAAGUGGUUAAUCAGGAAAUGGCUGCAGAUUCCUACAAUUCAACAUUAGAACAGAAUUGUGUAUAUAUCACUGGUAAUUGAGAGGAUAUCAUGACCUUUAAUGUGAUAAGAUUUUUAUUGUUAAAUAUGCAGCUUGUUACAUAAAAAAAUUAGUAAAUUGUUUUUAGAAACAAGGCUUAUAGCUAAUCAAAAUACUCAUAAUGUCACUGUCUUAUUCUAAUAUUCGGACUACCCUUGUAUACUAAUUAAAGUUACAUUUUAUGAAAAGUUAUUUUUAAGUUGUAUUUGCAAGGUUGUCAUUUGUACAUUUAUGAUUUUGUUUUUCAUGAACUACAUGAAAUUGUAUUGUAAUGGACAAGUACAGUUGUGAUAUCUUAGCUUUAUAAUGUGAAGUGUAAAUUAAGCUUUAAAAUUGGAGGUAAAACCCAAAACUCUAUAGAUCUUAUUCAGAAUAUUAUCUUCAUGACUUCUGGAGUUAAACUUCUUUUACUUUGAUUAAGUUAUAGUUAAGAAGUUAAAUCAGUAGUUAGGUGAUUAGCACAUAUGGCUAGGAGUGUACAUCUUUGAUAAACUUCCCUAACUUUUGAGGAAGUACAGCAUGGUAAAGUAUCCAUUCUUGGCGCAGUUAACUGUUAUUUAACCCUUUGACUGUCGCAAGCCCAUUUCUGAAACUCUCAUUCUGCGUUGCAAAAUAUUCGGGAAAAAAAAAAUUUUUUUCUUACCAAAAUGUUAGGAUUAUUUUACUGAGUGUUUUAAGCCUAAAAAAAAUUUUUUGCCAUCAGUACUUGCCGAGAUAUAGAAGCAAAGUUGGCAGAAAAUGAGCCGCAUAUGGCAACAGCGACGAAUGCCGUUCACCCAGUAUUCUUUUAUUUACUCUAAUUCGAAGGUUUCUUGUAUUUUCCAAUAUUUUUCUUUUCUAAGUAACUUAUGUGGCCUGUGAGACCAAAGUAAGGUGCAUUGUUCAAAUAUACACUCAUUAUUUACAACACAAUAGCUGUACAAACUAUCACUAUUAGAGUGUUUAUAAUACUUGUUUACACAAACAAACAAUACAAAACAUUGUUUAUUACUAUUGUUCUAUAAUAUACAUACAGAUGUACAGUCACUGAACACUUCUAGAACUGCUGCAGCUUGUGAAAGUCUUCGAAACAUGGGUAUAUGCAGAGUGGUACUUGACACUCCUCACACAUAAAACAAGUGUCUCUGCAUUUUUGUGGCCGUUUUGUGGUAUGUUCACAUACAAAACACCUCUUCUGAGCACUUUUCUUGAAAGCAGUAGAAGGCAUUUGUAUGGGGUAGUGAUCACCAGGUCUCAAACGAGAUGGCAUGUGUUGGUAAUUUUGUGGGCGCUGAUCUAUUGCAGGUGUUGUUCCCUGGUACUCGAAUAUUAUUUGUCUGAUGACUGACAAACAAAAUUCACCAUAUUUUGGUUUGUUGUUGGUCUUCAACUUGUAGAUGUUGUAAGAAUUCAGCAUGGAAAUAUCAAGAAGAUGGAAAAAAAGUUUUAUGUACCACUUGUAACUCUUGCAUACACAAUCAGCAAACCUAAUCUGCAUGUCACAUUUGUUCACUAAGUGCAUAUUGAGGUUGUAGUCUAUGACAGCUGCAGGUUUUAGAAUGGGUUCAUUGUAUCUCUAUUCUGCCUGCCACUAUCUGCCAUUUCAUUUCGGUGAACUGAUGUCAACAAUGUGACAUAACGUUUGUCAUGCCACCGAAAUGCCAUGAUGUCAUUGGCAGCAAAGGCCUGCACCUCACCUUUGCGAGUGCCAGCGUCGAACCUUGGCAUAUACUUACGAUUACCACGCACUGUGCCACACACGUCUGUCAUGUUCACUCACAAGAAAUCACUGAGUAAAGGGCUUGUGUACCUGUCAGUAUAUAAUAUAUGCCCCUUACCAAGAUAUGGUUCCAUCAUUGUUCUUACCACAUCACCAGAGAUACCCAGUAACUUCCUGGUAUCUCUCAAUGUAUUACUGCCAGUGUACACAAUUAUAUAAAAAGCCAGACCACUUUUGCAAUCACACAGUACAAAUAACUUUAUACCAAAGCGUUUCCUCUUGCUUGGUAUGUACUACUUGAAUGAGAGUCUUCCUUUGAACAAAAUCAAAGACUCAUCAAUAACAAGCUUCCUGAGGGAAUAAAAAUACAUACAGCACUUUUGUUUCAGGUACAUAAACACAUUUCUGAUCUUAUAUAACCUGUCGCUUCUGUCAGGCCUUGUUUUGUCUGAAAAGUGUAACAUACGUAACAGUAUCAAAAAACGAUCGACUCCUAUAAUAUCACUAAAACCUGGGGUUGAAAUCAGGUGUUCCGUCGACCAGUAUGUGGUGACAGUGUGUUUAUACACAUGUGGCAUAAGCAUUAUUGUGGCAAAGAACAGGUACAUCUCUGCCACAGUUGUGUCCUUCCACUUGUGUAACCAUGACCUUGGUGAAAGAAUUGUAUUUGCCAUAGUUUACUCGCACUCAUAGUAUGUGUUGCUUUCCCAGACAUUAAUUUCCAUCAGGGGUUCAUCAACGAAUAACUGAAAGCAUUCGAGUUCAGUGGCAUUGUUCCCAAGUGUACACGAUGGCUGUAUUCCACUGUGUUUGAUCAAAGUCAUGGGGAUUGGGAAUAAAAUUGUCGCCUUGCUGCCAGUCCCAAAUGUGGUCUGCUGGUGGGUUCUGGAUAUUGAAAAGUGGUUGUGGUUGUGCAGGUUGUGGUUGUGGAUGUUGUGGGAGUGUGGGGUUGGGUGAGGCUGGUUGUGCUUGUGCAGAGUCAGCAGCGUCAGUAGUAGCGUGGCCCGCUGCUGGUGCCACAUGACUCGUGCCACCACCAUCACCUUCCCCACGCACAUUACACAUCCCCAUUGUAACAAUAUCGUCAUCUUCACUGUCAGGUCAUGGUGUAGAGCCACAGGAUGUACUCCCAGAUUUACUCCUUUGCCUUUGGAAGGGCAUAAGGCACAUUACCAGAACGCAUGCUGCGUCGUACAUACUCCUGUUUCACUGGCAAAUAUUCCCCCUUACUGUCGCAACUCGAGCUGCUUUCAAUAACUUUAAAUCACUAUCAUUAUCACUUUCGCUGCUCAGAUCUGAGUCCUGUAAACGGGGAAAUAGUUUCCUUUUUCGUCCUGGUACAGUUGAAUGUGAAUGAGAUCUGCCAGCACCAGAGGUGGACGGUUUUGGGUCAUCUGGGUUUUCAUCACUAAUUACGUUAUCCUGGGCACUGCUUUCGGUCACACCCUCUCUAAAACCAUGAAAUUCACUUUCACUGGCACUUCCAUCGCUGUUAGAACUAUCACUUGGGAACAGUAGACCUCCAAUCCGCCGAGGAGUGAGGUACUUCUUACCAUGAGGCAUGGUGAAAAGUGGACUACCACGAUAGCAUUCCCACAAUGCACCACCGAGUCCCAGAUUUUUUUCACAGGGUGCACACCCACCCUGCAGACCCAUUCUCUCUCAUGUAGGCCUACCAGCUUUCUCCUGCUUGAUUUGAAUCCGCUAGAAUUUACGCGUAUUAAUACGUCGGAAACAUUGGCUCGUAAGACGUAUUUAUAUGACCGAAACAGUCAAAGGGUUAAUGUGGACUUGGUUGUUUAAACUAUUUAUACACAGUGAUCUGGUCUCUGGAUACAGGCAUGCUGCUAACAGUACAAGCAUAGAGCAAGCUUUUAUUUUGACACCAUUUUGUACUGUGUGGAGCUGUAGUAAGUCAGUGACUUGAUAAGGCUCUACACAAAAGCUUGCUCUGCACCUGUGUUGUUUCUUUGAUUUGGUCCAUAAUGCUUAACUUGGUAGGAAAACAGCAAAGCAGUCUUCAGGUAUAAGGAGUUACUAAAGAAUACUAAAAUGUCUGUUCUAUUGUGACAUGUAUUUUGUGAAUUUUCUUGUCAUCCAUUUAGUUUUACUUAAACUAAUUUAAAGUGAAAUUAUGAACUAGAAAUAUAGCCAGUUUUCCUUAAGAUAGAAGAAUAUAAAGACUAUUGACCUGUAUGUGGAAUCUCUUAUAUAUAAACAUCAUACAGAUGUUGAUAACCCUGAGACUUUUAUAUGAUUAACUUGUGUUCAGAGUAUGUACUGUAUGUUGGUCAGGUAGUUGGGUUGGUUGUACAUGAUUGACAUAAGCUUGCUUACAAGUAAAUAUAUUAACACCACAUUAAAUGUUUCCACAUAUUUAUACAAGGAAAGACUGUGAUAAAGUACUCUUGUUAUAAACUUUAAUUAAACUUCUAUCAUAGGUAUGUGGUAUCACAUGAAAAGUACUGCAGUUAUACCGUAGUCUUACUUUAUUAGAUAUAAAAAAUGCGCUAAAUACUGGUACCUUUCUUGAGGAACCAGGUUUAGCACUUAGUGUGAUUAUAUUAUUAUUAUUAUUAUUAUUAUUAUUAUUAUUAUUAUUAUUAUCAUCAUCAUUGUUGUUUUCUUGAAGAAAGUCACCCUGAGUAUGGAAAUUCUCGUAUCUCCUAUAAGGUUGAUAUGUAUAGAUUUAAACUUUUGAGCAAUCCAAGAUAUUUUAAUUGUGUUCAUAAAAGUAAAACAUAGGUUUCACAAGGAAAAGCAAUUACAGUAACUUCUUUUGAAUAGAUGUAUGUCUUGGCCUCUGAAUAACACCUUUAUAAUUGUCAAUGUUUUGCAUUAAUCAGGGUUGAACAUAAUCAGGAUCUGAUUAUGUGCAAUUCUGCACUAACCAAUAACAUUAUCAGUGGAGUACUGUGGUGGCCUGGGUAAGUCAGGGCUUUAAAGGUAGUGACCCCCUGGAACCAUCACCAAGUAAACACUGCACUAAGUGCAUAUAAAUUGGUGCAAUAUGAUGAAGAAGGGGGGAGGGUGAAGGAGUGGGAAGUUAAAAUUGUGGAACACCCCCCCCCCCCUCCAAAAAAAAAUCAGUGCUAAUAUAGUAAAAUAAGUUUCUUGUUUAUAGAAAAAUUACUUUUAAUUUUUUUUAUUUCUGUCAUGUUCUCAAAAUUGGGAAGCUGAUAAAGUGUACGAUGGUACAUUGCAAUUCAAUUCUAAGUGACAAGUGAGAAACAAAAUUGUAGACUGUGUUGUUGAAGAAAAUAAACCACUAUUAUUGUCUGGUACAGUAUAUCCCCAUAAGAUAAGCUGUCUUCCUAAAGCCUUGGGUAGUUAUAUAUUAAUGCUGCUUUUUAAUGUAAUAACUUAAUUAUUCCAGCCAGUAUGAAAUUAUUAUAGAGAAUAGAAGAAUAUACAUGGGCAUUAAAGUUUGUUUAGAUUUUGAAGAACUAGUCAGUACUCAAAUGUAAUAACUUUAGAAACAUUAUUAAUUUCUUAAGGUUGUGGUGAAUUAUUACUUAGGCCUCUGGUUGCCAACAAGUUAUUAAAACUGUCGCAGAAUUUUGUGAAGUCUCUGACAGUAGUCAUCUUGGGUGUAUUGCGAGAUCAAUUCCUUUAAGAAAAUAGUGAAAUACAGGAAAGAAUACCAAGAGUUUGUUUAGGUUUUUUUUUUUUUUUUUUUUUUUUUUUUAACUUAAGCAUGUGUAGGUUUCAAGAGAAUGUGUUGCAAAUACAGUAUUUUAAUCAUAUUUAACAUUUUCAUUAAAUUUUAUGUUUAGAUCCUUAUUGUUGUAUCAUGCUUUAUUAAUGAAACCCUUCAUCAUAGUAUUUUGAAAGUUUUUAUUUGAUUUGACCAUGUACAGAAGAGGAAUUUUUUGGACAGUCAGUUUGAAGGGUGUUUGCAUUCACUUCCUAUUAAGGCUUGGAAUACUUAAAGGUAAUGGCAAAAUUAUUUAACUUGUUACCCCAUCUGAGAAGGGAUGCUUUGCUUUCUGUAGUUGUGUUAGAUUUUUUAUACCAUUUACAAAGGUAAUGUUUAAUUGUUCUUAAUAUAACUUGUCUGUUAUAGCUUUCACAAAUACAUGUUUCAUCUAUAUGUACUGUAUACAGUAUGCAAGUUCCUUUUUUAAUCUAGAGUUGGUUAAAAGUAGUUUCAGGUUCCAUAUCUUUUUGUCAUAAACCUUCACGUUUUACACACUGACAUAGAAAGCUGUAUGUAACUUAAAGAAGUUCUUGUCUGUGUUUCUUUUAAGAGUUGGAUGGUAUUAAUGACAAUAAAAAGGAACCAGAUAACUUGGGACCCACAGUAAAAAAAUUAAUAGUAUAUAGUGAUUGUGAUACAGUGUAUACAAUUACUUGGGACCAAUAUGAAAUGUCAUUUCUAGAAUUACUAAUCCUAGGAUAUAACACACCGGACAAUACAGGUUCCUAGUUCAUGACUCUAUAUAUUUUAGUUACCCGGUAUGCAAUUGUCUGUUGAAGUUCAGUAUUAUCUAGUUUAUUGUAUCUGGAUACUCCAUUUUCUAUUAGUGUGAAAUUAAAUAAAUUUAGUAAUGUUUUAAUGUUGCCAUAAAAUCUGAGACUAGCAUCAGUUUGUUCAUUGUAUUUAAAUCAGAUGACUACAAAAUGUGGCAGAUAUAUAUUUCAAGUUUCAUCCUCUGCUCAAGGUGUGACCCAACAUAUUCAACUGAAUUGUGAAGGAAAAGGAAGAUUUGGUUCAUAAAGCAUGUAGUUGGUGGUUUUUAUACAGUUUGUUUUGUUAUAAUUUUUUAUUAUUUGUUUAAACACAGGCUUUAUAUUCUCUCAUGCAGACUGUGUAUUUGUUUGCACAAAUAUUUACUUGCUCAUUUACAUGUAAAUUCUUGAUAUUCCUUCAAAUAUGCAUAUAGUAUAUGUAUGCACAACACAUGCAAGUAGUCAUACAUUUGUUGGUAUUUUGAAAAGAUUCACAUGUCGAGUAUUGUACGUGGUGUUUUAUAUUUGGCUAUUAAAGAGUGGUUUUAGUAUAGCUAAAGAAUAAUUAUUAUUUGAGUUGUAAAUAAUUCAUAUUUUUUGGUAGGUAAAUGCUACUUAUGGAAGCUGAAACACACUGAUCAUGGUUUUACUUCAUAAGAAUUGCUUACAUUUCAGGUGCUCUUGAGUUGUGGAUAUACUCAGUGACUUUAUUGGCAGUAAAUAUUUUAACAUGUGCAGCUUGCCUUUAAGUAAGAGAACUUAUUUGUGUUUAAAUAAGUAAACUAUUGGUAUUGGUAUUUUGAAUUUUAUUCAUAUCUAUAUGCCACAUCUGCAUGCUACAGCUCUUACAGUCCUUUUGUGUCUUUUCAAUCUUAUUUGGGUGUGAGGGGGUUCUUCCUCAACAGUGGAAAUCUGCCAUUGUACUCCCAUUUCACAAACCAGGCACCUUGGGGCUUGAUACCUCUUGCUAUCAUCCCAUUGCUCUGACCAGUGUUGUCUGCAAGGUGAUGGAAAGACUGGUGAAUGGAUGUCUGAUAUGGUAUUUGGAGACUCACAGUAGUCUUUCCCCUCGCCAAUGUGGCUUUCACAAGGGCCACUCUACUUUGAACCCUUUGUUCCACUGAGAUACGUAUGUGCAAAAUGCCUUUGGUAACAAACACUCCGUCCUAGCAGUCUUUUUUGAUCUCGAGAAGGCACAUGACACCACUUGGAAGUAUAACAUUUUAGCCCAAGCCCACUCCUUAGGCCUUUGCAGUAAUCUACCAGCUUUCCUCUCUGACAGACAUUUUCAUCUCCGUGUUGGCACCUCAGUUUCCUCAGACUUUGUUCAGGCCGAGGGUGUCCCACAAGGUUGUGUCCUUAGCACUACCCUCUUUCUCUUGGCUAUAAAUGACCUACGUUCUGUUCUUCCAUUGCAUAUUUGGUCGUCACUUUAUGUGGAUGACUUCACUAUAGCUUAUGCAGGCGCUGAUUGUCACCUGGUAGCGACCUCCUUUCAGAAUGCAAUUGACUGAGUUUCCCAUUGGGCCACUUCUUAUGGAUUUAAAUUUUUAGUACAAAAACCCAUUUCAUUACCUUCACUAGAUGUCCUCUUGUCCCAGAUAUUCCAUUGUACAGUGGAACCCCAAAUAUUGGCCUUAAUUCAUUCCAGAAGGCUGUUCGAGUGCUGUUACCGAACAAAUUUGUUCCUAUAAGGAAUAAUGUAAAUUAGAUUAGUCCAUUUCAGACCCCCAAAAAUACACUUACAUAAUUGUUCAAGUUGGGAGCUGUUUGAAAUUCAAGGUACCACUGUACACCUACCAUCCGACUUAUGACCAACCAGUCGUAAGUCGAACCUUACUACUGAAUAUCAACAUUACAUUUUUGUAAUGAUUUUAUUUUAUUGUUUUAUUUUGGUAUUUUCAUUUUUUACUCUACUUUUUAUGCUGUUAGUACUGUAUUUUAUGUUGUAAGGUUUAGGAUAGGUACUGUGUACAACACAAACAGUUGUUUAUUUCCCAGAAAUUUGGCAUACUAAACUUGGUCGUAAGUCAAGUGGUCAUAUGUCGAGCAGAUCAUAAGUCGGAUGGUAUGUGUAUUUACAUGGCUCACUUAUUCCAUAAUGUGAUACAGUCAAGUUUCUUGGCCUUCUCUUCAAUCACUGGUUGACAUGGAAACCUCACAUUUCCUCUUUGAAGGCAGCUUACCAUGGUUGGCUGAAUCUUCUUAAUAUUCUUGCGCAUUGUUCAUGGGGAGCAGAUCGUUGGACUCUCCUCCAUUUGUAUUCCACUCUAGUCCUGUCCAAGCUGGAUUAUGGCAACCAAGUCUAUUCUGCCGCUUCUCCUACCACUCUUUCUAAGUUAGAUCCCCUUCACCAUCAGGAUCUACGUUUAUGCCUUGGUGCCUUUUGUUCAUCCCGUUGAAAGCCUCUAUGCUGAGGCAAAUGUUCCUUCUUUAGCUGAUCGUUGUUGCUCAUAGCCUUCAUCGCUUUGUCUGCUCUCAUUACCUUUGUGUUCCGUCUACAUAUAGGUUGGUCUCAGAUGUUAGUAGAAGCCCAUUAUUUGUUCGACGCCCCUGCUUACUCCAACCAUUUUCAUCCUCACUCAUUCCAGUCUUCUCUCCAGUUGCCUCUCGUGUAUGUUCAUUUAGCAUCUGCCUUUUCCCUUCCCCCUUUGGGAGGUUCCGACGGUUCACGUCUGUUCUCCCCUACUGUCGUGCACCAAAGCUCUCCUACCUACGACUGCUUCUCGUUUCUUUUUCUUGAUUACUUCUGGUCGCAUGCUCAUAUAUAUGUUUCCUUUGAUGUUUGUGAUCAUUUCAGAUUCCCUCAGUGCUUUACAAGCCAUUGAACAAUAUGAUUCUCCUCAUCCAUCAGUCCUUUGUAUUCAACUAUGGUUGCACCAUGUGGCUAGCGAUAACAAAGACAUCAUUUUGUUGAGUCCUUGGACAUGUUGAUGUGCAGGGCAGUGAACAAGAGGAUGCUGCUGCACGGUCAGCAGUUCAUGAUCUUUCGAUUUCCUAUGGAAGUAUUCCGUUCAAAGAUUAUUUUUUGGUCAUCUCUGCCCAUCUUCGCGGCCGUUGGCAACAACAGUGGUCAGGCAUGCACCAUAACAGCUUAAACUCUUCUUAACCACUUUUAGGUUCGUGGCCAUCUUCUUACCACCGUUGCCGUACUCGGGAGACUAUACUCUCCCAUACUCGCCUUACCCAUGGGUAUCUCAUGGAACGGCACCCUAUUCCUCUCUGUGAAGUUUGUCAGGUCCCUAUUUUGGUUCUUCACUUUCUUGUGGAUUGUCCGGUUUACCAGCAAGCUCGCAGGAUUUACCUCCAACAAUGCCGCCACCCUACUACUUGUACUUUAUCUUCCCUUCUUCCAGACGGCCCUGCCUUUGGCUUACAAUCACUUUUUUACUUUUUGCCAGCGACUGUUUACUGUACAAACUUUGACACAUAUCCCUCAGCGUCCCUUCUAGCCCUUUUCUUCUCUCACCUCUGAUCCCCUCUCCACCUAACUGUUUAUAGCCCCAGCACUGUUUUAUGCCCUGCAGCGCUGUAUGACCCUUGUUGGUUUAGCACCUUCUUUGAUUAUAAUAAUAAUUUUUUUUUUUUGAGUAUUAUAUAUUUUACAAAAAAUAAGUUUUCAUCUUAAUUUUCUACAAGUUAGAAGUUUUAUGUUUGUUAGGAAUAGCUUUAUAGAUAGGUUUGUAAGAGCUUCCAAUUUCUUGAGAUUUAACAAAACAGAUCAGAUAUAAUUUUUAAAAACUUUUGUUGUAAAGGAGUAUACAGUACUGUACUUUAAUGUAAUGUGUAUUUAAUAACAUAAAUUUUUUAGCAGCAUGAACAGGUAGAACAAGAGGCCACAGUUGUAAACUACAAAAAAGGGCCAAAGGACAUUAGAACCCUUUAAGGGAGGUUAUCUUGAUGAGGGUUACAUUCAAGAAAAUCUUGCAAAUGGUAAGACAUUACUGAAUGGGAAAUGGGUGAUCAAGGACUGUUGGUUGCAAAAGACCCAUACUUUAAAAGUUAUCAUGGGCCACAAUAAAUAUUUUAUGAAGGAACUGGAUUUAUCCUCCCUUUCCAUGGAUCGAAUCUGAAUGCCUCCCACUAUAUGACCCAUACGGAUUUACACUUCCCUCAUUAAAGUAUGCAACAAAAAUUUGAGGAAUGAAUUGACAUCAAGUACAGGUAUAGUAUUUUAUGCACUGCGAGAAUUGUAUGCAAGUCUUGUAGCACUUAACCGUAUUGCAUCUAUGCCUGUGUUGCCAUUUGUGGUAGUUUCAGACUCCCUUAGUGCUUUGCAGGCUAUAAAAAAAUUGAUUCACCUCGUCCCCUGGUUCUUCGUAUACAACUUUGGUUAUGCUGUAUCUCGAACAAUAACAAAGAUAUUGUUUUUGUUGGGUCCACAGUCAUGUUGACGUACAGGGCAAUGAACAGGCGGACACUGCUGUGCAGUCAACAGUACAUUACCUCCCAGUUUCAUUUAGAGGUGUUCCAUUCACAGACUAUUUUGCUGUAAUUUCUAACCACCUUUGCAACCGUUGGCAACAACAUUGGUCUGAUCUGAUACAUAACAAAUUACAUUCUACUAAACCAAGUAUGGGCUGCUGGCCAUCUUCCUGUCAUCAAUGCUGUGGUUGGGAGGCUACUCUCUCCCGCCUUUGCAUUGGACACACUCGUCUUACUCGGGUAUCUCAUGGAGAAGCGCCCUAUUCCACUCUGUGAGAAUUGUCAGGUUCCACUUUCUGUUAGCCAUAUUCUGUUGGACUGUCUGGAGGUCUAUCAGUGAGCAUGCAGAAUUUACCCCCUACGUCAUCACCGCUCUAAUGCUCUUACUUUAUCUUCCCUCCUUGCUGACGGACCCACCUUUGAUUCAACUCUCUCGCUGACUUUUUGAGAGCAACUGAUUUACUGUCAAAACUUUGAUGAUGCUUACUCUAGCACUCUUCACAGUCCUUUCUACCUCUCCCUCUUGCUACCCUAUACCCCUGCACUAUCCCCUGCCCCACUGUGCUGUAUGACCCUUGUAGGUUUAGCACUUCUUUUUUAUUAUAAUUAUGCACUGCAAAUAAAGAAAAAUGAAAUUUGAAGGGGGGGGGGGCAGAAAGCCUACAGAAUCUCUGCCUUAGAGUGUUGAAGUUUGAGCUUGGAGGAGUGUGUAGUCCUUGGUGAGUAUGUGCAGCAUUUUGUAAGUGUAGUGGUAGACCUGCCUUAAAAAUGUGAUAAUCUUUGAAGCAUGUGGAUUUUAUCUGUAAUUUUUUAUGAGCAGCAUUUUUGGGAACAGUCAGUCUGCAAGUACAGUACUGUAUAUUUAAAUUUGAAACUCUGAUCCAUUAACAACUCCUAUCUGUAUUGCCCUUGCAGUAAUUUCCUGUAAUGUGGGAAUGGUCUUUGUUAUGGCCAUUGUUGGGGAUUGGUGUGAUGGUGCCUGAUAGUGGCCGUGGUGAUUCUUAAACAGUGAAUAUGUUGACUUAGAGAAUAUGGGUAUUGUGCCUCUGCUUAGUAGCAUGCUGAUGUCUCAGAUAGGCCACUAUAGAGUUGAAAUGCUCCCUACAUCUAAAGUUUUCACAAUAUUUCAUUCAUGACUGGCUCUAUAGAAAGAGACUAUACCAGAAAUCUGCUGCUUGUUCCAUCCAUUAACAUGCAUAUGAAUUUCAGAUUCAUUUUGCUACCCUUUACAACUGUAUUCUUAUUGUUACUGCCUUUGACCUCACCUGACUUCAGCAUCUUAUCAGUGUUUUCAUUUGUCAAUUUGUCUUCAUGUGAUACAUUCCAUUUCCUCACAUCUGCCUUCUCCAUGUCCUCUAAACCUCCACCUGCACCAUCCUCACUAACUUCCUUGUCAGUAUUUGAGAAACUACUAAACUCAUUGACUACCUCUGACCACAACUUUCAGUAUGUGUUGACCAACUCCUUCACCUUGUCAGUUGCCUCCUUUGAUGUUAAUGAUACAGUGCAUAAUUCUGUCAAACUUACAACACCUGUUAAUUUUGUGUUUCAUGGAUCAACAUUAACCAUAUUCAGAAUGUAACAGCAAUUGAAAUUUAUUAUCUUAAAAGCAUCAUUUAUCCUUUUGUCUAAGAUCUACAAUGGAAUGUCAUGUUGAGAGGCAUAAAUCUGACCAUAACUUUGGAGUACUCAUGUUGUAAGUCAUCUAGAUUGGAUACUCUGUUCACUAAUUGUGACCAAGUUUCUAACCAGUCAAGUUUUUGCUAUGAAUUAUUCACUUCACAAGAUAGAAGCCAAAUGUCAAAGUAGAAUGAAUGCUUACUUUACUUAUAGAAAAGUAAAUCUCUGCAAUUAUUCUAUUUUGAGAUUGGUCCUCCAUCCAAAUAUUUCAGGCUUUGUAAACUUUUUUGAAAUGAGGAUCACAUCUUACACAUGGCAUUUUUGCAAUUAAAGAUCAUGCUGAAAGGAUAAUAGAAAUUUUUUUCACCAAUAAAAUCACGGACUACCGUCCUUUCAAUAUCCAUAAGAAGCUUGAGCAUAAUUCGCACACACAUGAAACAUUUCAUUGGAAAAAGAGGAUGCAUUCUGAAUCCCUGCAGCCCUUACAUCCAGAGUACAACUAUUAAUUUAACUUUUGUACUACAUACCUAUUUUACAUCAUUUGUAAUACAGAUGAAUUAUUUAAUACUGUUUACAUAUUACAUGAAUGUUGAAUAGAUGAACUAGGAGCCAUUUGAAGAUCUGGAGUCAAACUUGUAGGUAACAGUAUUAGUAUAUCAAGCCAGGCUUGCAAAAGACAUGAUACAGUAUACAAGCCUCAGAUACAAAACCCAGUCAUGGAUAACAAGUAUGAGGUCAUAGACAUAAGCUUAUCUAUCUUGAGGAAAUACGCUUUAGUAAUUGUAUCCUAGAGGAGGAGGUAGAAUUUGUUACUAUACAAAUUAAACAUUGAAGAACUGAACACCACAAGCAUAACUGUUCCUGCAGCUGCAAAUAAUUGUUUCACUUAUUUCUUCCCCCUGUUUUCUAAAUGUACCAUAUUGCUGACCCAUUAACUUUAUAUACAGUAGCUUCCUCACAGACAUUCCUCUUGAUUUCAUUAAGUUUGUCUCAACAAAAUUUUCUUACUUUAUGACAUUACUUGCAUGCUUUUUUUUUUUUUCCACCAGUUUUAAGCAAAUGAUCUGGAAAAUGUUAAAAGGCAAUGCUUGUGGUUGAUAUGUCCACCAAAAAUGGUGGGUAACGCUCACUAAACAACCAGUGACACUUCAUCAAGCAUCUAGAACAUGGCACAUUACAAAAUCAUAUGGUUAUAUUAUUGACAAUGCAGUCUUCUCAUUGAGCACUUUACAGUUAUUUUCCUUACGUGGUUAUGGAGCAACUUGGGCUGUUUUGGUUUUUGAUGUUGUGGAGAGCUAGAAAAUAAUAGUAUUUUAAUAAUUUACAAAUUGUAAAUUGAUUACAACUUACAAUAACACAUGAACAGUUUCACAGUAGCAGUGCUCGAGUUUCAGUGUUGCAAAUAGUAAAUUUGGAUUGUAUAGAAUAAAUUGUGAAUACCUAUGAUCAUGAAUAGUGAACUUUCUGAAUGAGACAGGGUUGCUGUGUAUACAGUUCUUGAUUUUUGUAAAUCAUUAAUUAAUGUUUAUUAAACUGUUAGGAUUGUGGUCCAUUGAAAGAAAAGUGGAGAAGUAUACAGUUAAGAAAACUUUGGGCUUGAUUGGAAAUUGUAUAAUUUUUGUCUUGGGACCAAGAUAAAUUCAAUGACUACAUUGUUGUUAUUGAAGCUAUGCAUUUUUUAGUAUAAUUGUUAAAUGCAUCACAUAUUGAUAUGCUUCAUGUCUUUUAAUAACGUGGUGUGAUCAUGAUUGACUGAAUGGCCAUUUUUUACCUCUGGGGUUAGUGUAAACUAUUUAUUAGGCUACUUAAAAUUGAUAAAAAGAUGUAUUUACUUGUGCAGCCAUAUAUAUUACAUUUUUAAUUUGUGAAAUGGUGAUUUUAAUGUAAAUUUUAUUUCCAUAAACUUUCCAGUGUUGUAAACUUGCAAAGAUAUUGUAAAUUUAUUACAUAAAGCAGCUAUUUUUAAUUGAACAGUACAAAAAUUUUUCCUUGAAACAAUUUGGUUAAAACUAUUAUUGUUGCAAAUUUUUAUAUUAAUGUCAGUUUCUCUUAGACUUAGUAUAAAAACUUUUAUUAGAAAUAUAAAAUACAGGUAAUAGAGGGUUCAGCAAUAGAAAACAAUAUACUGUACAUUAUUCAUAUAAUACAGUACUGUAUAUUGCAUAAUUUUUGCAUUUUGCAUUCAGUGCACUUUAGAUAGCUUAUCAUUUUGAUAUAUAGUUAAGUAGGCAAAGAUUUUGCACAUUUGUGAUGUUUCCUGUGAUUUUGCCAAUUAGUGCUAAUAUAAUGAUAAACCAAAGUUCUCCUUUUCAUAGGCUAUUAAAGGUGCAUAUUCAUUUUUUUUUUUUUUUUUUUUUUUAAGACUAAUCCCUAACUUUGCCACUUCAGUAAUGUCAUUUUAACGAAAGGAAAAUACACCCAGUAUUAUAUACCUAGUAACUGGGGUGUCAUCACGAACAUUAAAUACUUUUAUUUUAUGUAAUGACUUUGGCAGGCCUAUAACUCAUUGGGGUGUUGUCUGUAAACAUACCAUUCCUUAGAGAGUCAGAAAAAUAAUGCAACAAAUAUUGUAGCCAACAAUAUUUUAACCCUUAAAUGGUCCAAACGUAUAUAUAUGUUCUCUCGUGUAGCUCCCCAAACGUAUAUAUACGUUUCCUUUGUCAUUCAUUCAACAUUGGCACGAUAAGCCUGAGUCGCCUAGACAUGAGAGAAUGGGUGUGUGCACUCACUGUGCGCCAAAUGAAAAAAAUUGGGGAUGCCUGGGUACCAUAUGCUCUUUUUUCCUAUUAAUAUUUUUUUUUUUUUUUUUUUUUUUUUUUAUCAAAGAAAUCGGGGCGUUAUGAGAGAGAACGUAUAUAUACAUUUGGACUAUUUAAGGGUUAAGUGUAGGUAUUUUUGUUUUAAUUAUUUAAUGUGCUGCAACUUUUUCAGAAUGUAUUUUCUUGACUAAAAGUACUCCAACACUCAGAAAAGGGUAUCUGUGGUAAAGUUUUAGAUUUCCUGGUCUGUGGACUGUUCACUCUCAGACAGACUUUUGGCACAUGAUCCAUAUUCUGUAGAAAUUUGUACAUCUGGACUGUAGAUCUUUUGAAUGCAUUUAAUGAGGAUAUACUAAUUUGAAAUCACUAGUGUUAUUACAUUUAUUGAUGGUAUGUUUGAAUGACAUUCAGGUUGAGUUUAAUUAAUUUUAUUAAUCUUACUAUUAUCAAUAGUUCUAGUUUCAGUGGAUUAAGCUUGAUUGGACUUUAGUUAACACAUUGAGCAUCAGCAUAGGAGAUAAUGUCCUUAUUAAAUAAUUAUGUUAUUCUAUAGAGGGCACAGUCAAUGUUGAUAGUAAAUAUAGACUACUUUAAAUGGAAAAAAAAUCAGAAUGAUUUUUCUAAGCCAUAAAAGUAUACCCAGAGAAAGCAUAAAUGAUUCAUAAUAGCUGAUAACUUUUUGUUAUUAUUUUGGCAAUCUGCAAAAGUAAUAGCUUAACUGAGGAAUUUGUUUCACUAGUGUCUAAUUGUUAGAGGUGUUUGUUUAUAGUUGACAUACACCCUUUACUUCUGUUUCAUGAUGUUUCCAAUGGCAAUUUGGUCUCAGGAGUAAUAUCAAAUAUUCUGAUGUUUUAGUGGGUUCAUUGUAUCAUACCACUGAUUAGCUCCUCAAACAAGGUUGUCUUUCAGGUUAUGGAAACAUUUCUAUUCAUUAGUAUUGAAUAGUUUAGAAUUUAUAUUUAUUAACAUAUGAAAAGACUGUGAUGAAGUUGCUGUAACAGCAUUACUAGUUUAAUGAUAACAUAACACUAGAGGCAUUCUAGUAUAAUGCCACAGCUAAAAAAACAUGUGAAUAAGACUUGAUAAUUCCUGUACUGUGUUUAUGAAAUUAUUCCAUCACUUUAAAAUUAUAGCAUUCAGUGAUAUUAAGCAAAUUUGUGAUUUUAUUAAUUUUCUCUGUCAUUCCACUAGCAGUAUCAUUUACACAACCCACUUUUAUUUCUUUUAUUUUUACUAAAAAAUAAUCAUUUAAAUUUUAAUUGUCUUGUGGCAAAGUUCAUUAAACUGUAUGUUGUAAACAGAAUAUGAGUGUCUUUGCCUUAAUUUAAUUAUAAAGAAUGAAUUUUCCUCCAAAUUCUUUGUGAAUAGAACUUGAUACUGUCCUUUACAUCAGUUAAAAAUUUUCUUAAACGGUGAUGUAAUAUGUAAAAAAAAAUUAUUUUGCCAGUUUAACAGUUUGUAAUUUAAUUUACCAAGUAAUAGUUUAAAUAAUCAAAUUGCAUAUAUUGAAAACUAACUCAAAUAAAAGAAAGGAAAACUAAACCACCUUUCAGUCUGUCUUGGACCCCUAAUUAAGUCAUGUAAGUUGUGAAUUGUUUCAGCCACAGAUUGCGUGUAUGCAAUAUGCAUUUAAACAUUAAUAAUAAGGAUUUUAAGCAAGUAGUUUUUAAAUAAAUGUAAUUAAAUUGUGCAAUCCAGUUUAUUAGUAAUAAUGUAUAUGUCAUGACUUGAAUAAUGUAACAGUUUAUUCAUUUAUUUUAAUGGAUUGUAAAAGUUGACAUUUGCACUUAUGAUGCAUUAAUAAUAGCUUGUGAUUGACUGCUUGUUAUUGCACUUCAAAUUCUGUAAUAGUUAUAUUUGAGUGAUAGUUUUAAGUUAGAAAUUCAAAUUGCACCAGUAUUUUUAUAUUCCUAUAGGGAACACUUAUUGAUGUAUGAAUGAAAAUAUGCGGGAUAUACAAAUGAUAUUUAAGGCCGUUAACUGCUAGAAUGUAAGUGAGAUCUUCCUGUAUCUGUUGUACUUAACAAGAUUUUCAUUAUUUAUAUUAGCUGUGAUUAGAACUCUCACAUAAUUUUUUUAUGGCAUCCAUUACAAUCUAAAAUAUCAGAAUGAAAUGUUCUUUGUUGGGACAUGGGAAAAUGGAUGGCCAUGAACACUUGUGCUCUGUGACCACUAUGGGACUUAACAAAAUUCCUUGAAUAUUAUUAACAAAAUGGCAUAGAUUUAUUAUUACUAAGUGUAAAUUUACAUUGCUGGAUUAUUUUAUAACAAAUUUAUCAAACUUUUAGGCAUCGUAUAGGUUACAUAUAAAUUUGUACAUUUUGUAGCAGGAGCAAUAGUUUAUAAUUAACUAAUAAUGUUUUAAAUAUUUUAAAAUUUCUCAUGUGUAUUUGUAAUUAUCACUUCAUCUGUACUUUGCAUAACUUUUUAUGUAUUGAACUUCUGCUUAUAUCUUAAAAGGUUCAGUGGAAAAUACCACUCUGUUGCCUCAGCUUGCUUUUGGCAUUGUUUGUAUAUUCAGUAUUAAAUAACUGAAUUUUAACAACAGAUUCUGUGCAUUGUUAUAUGGAUUACAAAAUCCAGUGGUAUAGUUAAAAGUAACAGACUAUGUGACCCAGAGCAUUAUAUAUCCCAAAAUCAAUUUGUAAGCUCAGAAUCACAUACCAAAUAUAACUGGGAGAUGCAACAUUCAUCCUCUGCUUUAUGGUGUUUCACUAAUCAGCUGGAUAUGUUGGGUCAUGGUCAUUGUUAAAUUUCUAUUUUGCUUGAAUGUAUUAUUAAAUGAGAGCAGUUUACACUGCAAUAAAAAGUUGACAGAGCAUAUUCCAUUUGUAGAAUAUCAUGACAAAUAAAUUGAUUUUGAAA